UGAGGUAACCUUACCGGACCCUAAACGCUCGCUCCCACAUGUCACCACGGCCCGCACCACACGCGCCUCCUCCCUCCUCCCCCUCCUAACCCUAGAAUCUUCCAGAAGCAGCGCGAAGCAGCGGGGAGGGCGCCGAGCGCGCUGCGCUUCCAGAAGCUUCUAGAAGCUUGAGGAACGAAGGAGGCGCGAUGGGGACGUCGGAUCUGGACCGGCAGAUCGAGCAGCUGAAGCGGUGCGAGCCGCUAGCGGAGGGGGAGGUGAAGGCCCUGUGCCUCAAGGCCAUGGAGAUCCUCGUCGAGGAGAGCAACGUCCAGCGCGUCGACGCUCCCGUCACAAUAUGUGGAGACAUUCAUGGUCAGUUCUACGAUAUGAAAGAACUAUUUAAAGUUGGAGGUGACUGCCCAAAGACAAACUACUUGUUCCUUGGGGAUUUUGUUGACCGAGGAUUUUAUUCUGUCGAAACAUUUUUGCUUCUUUUGGCCUUAAAGGUUAGGUAUCCUGAUCGUAUAACGCUAAUACGAGGAAAUCAUGAGAGCAGGCAGAUCACACAAGUUUAUGGCUUCUAUGAUGAGUGUCUUCGUAAAUAUGGCUCGGUGAAUGUCUGGAGAUAUUGCACAGAAAUAUUUGACUACUUAAGUUUGUCUGCACUUAUUGAGAACAAAAUCUUCAGUGUCCAUGGAGGCCUUUCCCCUGCUAUUUCGACACUGGAUCAGAUAAGAGUAAUAGAUCGCAAGCAAGAAGUACCUCAUGAUGGGGCCAUGUGUGACCUUCUUUGGUCUGAUCCAGAGGAUGCUGUAGAUGGUUGGGGUUUAAGUCCUCGGGGUGCUGGAUAUCUCUUUGGCGGAAAUAUUGUUACUUCAUUUAACCACUCGAACAACAUAGAUUAUAUUUGUCGUGCUCACCAACUAGUCAUGGAAGGAUUCAAGUGGAUGUUCAAUAACAAGAUUGUUACUGUAUGGUCCGCUCCUAAUUAUUGCUACAGGUGUGGCAACGUCGCUGCAAUUCUAGAGCUUGACGAGAACCUGAAUAAGCAGUUCCGCGUAUUUGAAGCUGCUCCACAUGAAUCAAGAGGCGUUCCUGCAAAGAGGCCUGCGCCAGAUUACUUUCUUUGACAGUGCAGACAUGACGUGUGAUACCCUGCUCUUCCAUGCUCCUGAGUACUGGCAGAUAGGUAUUGCAGGCAUACCAUGCUGGUAGAUGAGAUGAUCUCAGGCUUUACAAGAGACUAGCCAAGAGGUGCUUUCGGGAUGUAUAAAUUGGUUGUUAUGUGCCCAUCCAGGUCGAUUUUUUGUAAUGAAGUUGAUGUCGGUAUCCACUGCCUCCCAAAUUAGCUCCAAUUUGAGCUUUUGAGAAAAUGCCUCUGUAAAGGGAGUGGUGUAGAUGAAGCCUCUGGGCACAUGAUGUAAAAUUUUGAUACCAGUCUCUUCAUCCCCAGGAAAUCCAUUUGCUAGAAUGUAAAAUGGUAUGCAAAAUGUGUACCUUGAGUUAAUCUGUUGUUGCACUGGAGUUGUAGGAAAUUUUGUAGUUUUCGUGUUUGCGUGAAACUGUCAAGAAAGCAUAUUGUAUGGUAUCAUGAUUGAAGCUGUUCUGAAAAUGUGCAACGGUUGCCAAGUUGGGGAAGUGUUGUACCCUAUACUCCUAUAGACGAGAUCUGACUCUUUUUUCUGAGAAAGACGAGAUCUGACUCUUUGCCA